AUGCUAUCAGGACGGAGGCUGUCAUCUCAACCCACCUCGCGACCACUUCGUCGGUCUGGACAGAGCUUGUUUGCGUCAGCUACCAAUACCAGAGUGAUCAACAGCGGCCUCAGUACUACACAGGGUCCUCGCACAAACUUGACCAUUAAUGUUACCAAUGGAGAGAUUGAACGCCCUUCCAUCGACAGAGCUCAUCAAACCGCCGACCAAUCAUUUCGCAUUGACUCACCGCAGGCCUCUCAGGGAAACACGGCCUCUCUGGGUAACAGUGCAUGGUCGCCUCCUGUGGUUCAGAAUGAAAGUAGUGCCGAGAUUUAUGCUCGACAAAUGACUUCAAGGGCUCGAGGCUUUCCCCUGUGGAACUCAGGUCCUAACAACAAUCUACCCGUGGAGUAUCGACGUACCGGGGUUAGGCUCGGUGAUGUAGGAAUAAUUACCUCGUGGGGAAGCUUCUCCUUUCUUUUCAACAUAUUCGUACCAGCAGAUGAUCCUGUGAAUGCUGGCCGAGUACCUGAAGGUUUCAUCCCAUUGCCCUUCUCCAUCCACGCGAUAGAUGUCGACAAGCGCUCCGAGUUCGGCCCAAAAAGUUAUAUUGCAAGUGGUACAAGCUCGGUUAAUAUGUCGGAGUCGGACUCAGCAUCUGUGCUUACUUUCAAAAUGUCCACACCGGAAGGCGCUGUCCUUGCCAUGCCAGAGGGCGCCAUAUCAGAGACCAUCGAAAGCGUCGACUCGAUUAGAAAAUAUGUCGAGGCUAACAUCCUGAAUUGGUAUCAAUACGCCAAUGGUGUCCGCGGCCGCGGCGCAAGAAAUGGUGAUAUCCGUGUCGUGCUAGGGCAUGAUAAGUCUAACUCCUGCGGAAUGGCGAUCACGACCAAUGCAACACCAGAGGUGGAUUGUAGUCUCAAGUUCAGCGACCUUCAUGAACGCCGCUCAAUACCGACAUAUACUUGGGAACACUCUGGUUUGACCGACGUUAGAACAGGACUUACACAGCGAGAGGUGGAGGAAAUACGAAACGGUGACGCUUCGCCCCCGGAAAACGGAAAAUAUGUGAAUCAGUGCCUCUUCAUCCGAGCCCUUAAUCCAACACUCGCAAACAAUGUCUGGGCGCAACUCUACGGAAGACAGCCCCAGAUUUUCUUCGAUUGGUGGGUCAUCACCCGGAGGCACAAAUGCGAAUUUUCCGCCAGGCAGAUCGCAAUGUGGUGGACGAAAGACAGCAAAUACUACCGUGGCAACAUCUAUGGCCUUUCACCCAUCUACCGUUAUCAACAGUAUGUUGUUAGAGAAGGUCCAACUUCUUCCUCCUGUGAUACGCGCGAGACACUGAGACUCGCUCUUUAUAAGUUCCCUGACGCCAAGAUGGCCAUAACAGAAGACUCGAACUGGAUGGCAAUCUUGAAGAUAGGUGAAGUCAUCCAGUGGAAUGAAGCAUUCUGCCGACAGGUUUUGGAGGCUCAUCAGGUUGAUGAAGACAACGGUGUUUUAUUCCUCCGGAAAACGGAUCUUAUAACAUCAACGAAUGACGAAUUGUCACGGCUGCAAAAUGAUGGCUGUGUGGAGCAAUCCAGCCAGGAAUACGACCUCAAUUCGGUGCUUGGUGGCAUGAUGGCCCUUGCCCAACAGUCUGAGGCCCAACAGUCUCAACUGAAUAUGCCUUUGUGUAAACCCGCACUUUCCGAAGCAUCAGCGCCUGUUGCGCAGCACAAAGGUAUACGGCGAGCGCUCCUGAUCAGUAUAGAAAAUGUUUGCAACAGUGAUUCGCUUCAUUUGAGGGGUUCCCACGAGGAUGCUAAGCGAUUGGGCGCUUUACUUCAAGAAAAAUAUCAAUAUUCGCCCCGGGAUAUUACAUAUCUCCUCGAUUCCCCAGGUUACGAGCAUCCUACGAGAGGCAAUAUAAUCAAGCAUGCAGCCUUGCUGGUCGCAGACGCGAAGGCACACGAUCAAUUUUUCUUCCACUGCUCGGGACUCUCAGACCAAUCUUAUCGUGAAGAUUCUACACCUCCCUGCGAAGAAAUAGACGGGGGGGAUGAAUGUACCCUUGCCUCAGGAAGUGAUGUGACGCAGGAACUUCAAGAACUGCUGGUAAACAGUCUACCGCCUGGAGCCUCAUUGAUGGCUGUCUUUGAUUCUUGUCACUCGGGAACCCUGUUGGACCUCCCACAUUACCGCUGUAACAGGGUGUACCUGCCGUUUGUGAACCAAGGUGUUCACAAGACUAGAUCUCGGUGGGCUCGUCAAAUGCCCUCGCCGAAAGCAGACUCGGAUCGAGUCGCUUAUCCAAACAACGGAAUUAUGGCUUCCACGUACAUGCCACAUCUACACAGUGCUGCUUGGAAGUGGUUUAGCUCGUUCAGCAAUGCUCGAGUCAAUCUACCUACGCACCAACAACCACUAUCUGAGGCCCGAGACAAAAAUCCGACAGCUGCAACCGUGGAAUCGACUCAGGAGCUCUCUGUUGACACACAGGGGGCUCAAUGGUGUGAUAGUGCUCCGAUGUACAACUCCCCAGACCCAAAUUUCCAAUGCAAUGGGUUCGAUUGUAGGUCAAGGACGUACCCGCAUACGGCGAACGUGAUAUCCAUUUCCUCAUCAGUGGAUGAUCAGCCCACUUGGGAAGAAAAGGAUGGGAGCUCAAUGACAAUGGCCCUGAUUGAAUUCUUAUCAACCGAGAAUCCCCACCCUAAGCUGACAGAUCUCCUCUCUAAUCUCUCAUUCACUCUACACGCGCAUGCCAUGAAGUUACGUGAUCAGGCAGCGGUCAACUUCCGCUCUAAGAUGAAAAAAUUAAAUGGGAGACGUUUCAAGAAGGACAAGGAGCCUUUGAAUGCUCAGUCAAAUUUCUCCCUGGAGAGGAUCAACUUCCAGAUCCCUGAGCUCUCGAGUCUACAGCCUCUGGCGCAAACCAGGUCUGAGGACGCUCUCACUACCCCUCAAAAGCAGCAGCAGAAAGCCCACCAGGCUCUGCGAGAGCUCGCUCAAAAUCAGAGCCCAUGCCGCCGCCACCUCCCUGCUGCUCGACCAGAAACUCCAACUCCCCCAGCAGCUGCACGUGUUCAAAGGACGGCAACACGGUUGUCCAGUUGGACUGCUUGGGAAAGCGAGCUACUUGCCUCUCCAAGACGCCGACGCGUACAGAACAAUGGAGAUGAAAAUCGAGCUCCACAUGCCUCUAGCUCGACAUCGGUCACGUCGAAUCGCAGGACAAUGAUGUGCCCUCGCCUUGCACCUCUCACUCCACUGCUGACACCACAACCACCUACUGCCCAGCCAAAUGCCUGA